UCACUGCGGCCGCAGCUUGUUCAAAGUUCCCCGUCGCGUUUGUCCCUUCAGGGGGGAACAGCAGGAAUAUUCAUCGGGAAUUUCAUAACGCAACAAGUGGGUUUGAGUAGUGGCGUUUGUGUUGUCUUUUAUUUUAUUUAUUAUUUUUCUUUCCGGUUUGUGAUUUGGUCUUCCUGAAAAAACACCUGCGGGAUUCAGGUGACUCCCCGAUGCAGAGGGAAGUCCUUGGGCGGUGAGCGGUGAAAAGCGGUUUGUCCGGCCAGUAUGUGUUCCAGUCGAAAUAUAUGUGGGGCCAACAACCGGCCCAACAGAGCCAGGUCCGAGUCCAGAGGAUCAGGGGCCCACUAUGCGCUGUGCGCCCUGGGAGUGGGACUCGUUGCCCUGGGGAUCGUUAUGAUCGUCUGGACUAUGAUUCCAGAAGAUAAGUCUCCAACUGGAAACAGUACUGUGGGCCCUACACAACAUGGCCUACAAAACAUCUCACCAAUCGCUCUGGUUCUGGUCGGAGUGGGAGUGGUCAUGCUGCUGCUGUCUGUUUGCCUCGGUUUGAGGAGCAAGAGGAGAGGUCAGAGCCAAAACGCCCAGCCAGCGAGAGCAGCAAGCGGCUUCAUGGACCAGGCCGCAGGAGAGGAACAGCAGGACCCAGAGUCGUACAACGUGCCCAGCUAUGACGAGGUCAUCGGCAGCGGCAACUACCCCGUCCGCCAGAGCAACCUGAGGCAGAGCACCUCUCAGCUGCCGUCCUACGAAGACAUCCUGGCAGCUGUGGAAAACGAGGAUUCCCAGCCUGCUAACAACUCCUCAGAGAACAGCCCUCUGAACGACCAGACGCCCGCUGCUGCCGAGCCGUCCGGCAUCGCGGCGCAGCCCAGCCUGCCGACCCGCAGCGCCAGCCGGGCCAGCCGUUUACUGAAGCCCCUCAGAGUAAGACGGAUAAAGUCGGACAAACUGCACCUGAAAGACUUCCGCCUCCAGAUCCGCACCCCCACGCAGAACCCGGUGACCAUAGAGCCCAUCACGCCGCCCCCGCAGUACGAUAACAAGAUGCCUGAAUUACAGUAAUGGCUAACCCUGCUGGCUUCCCAAUUGGCCUGCGGCUGAUUAAAACCUAUGAAAAUAUCUAAUGGAGUUUGAGGACUGGCGGUGAUGUUUCUGAGAGCCUGUUUUAAGGGCGCCGUGAAGCAGGUGGAUGUGCCGGUUGGGCAGGAUGAUGAUGCAGGCAGACACACUCCGGAAACGAGAACACUUUCCGCUUUAUCAAUGAAGCUUCGGGUCGGCUCAUCAGCUCUGUCAUCACGUUAAUGCUUCAGAGCAAGAGUAACGGAGCAGGACAGCAUUUCAGUUUUAUUUAUUACUCACAUAAAAUGCCUUUUAACAAAAAUAUGUUGUUGCUUCAAUUCGUAAAAUGGAACCAUGCGUCGUGCAGAGGGGGAAACGGAAGAUUAUCCAGCAGACAUUUAACUCUCUUAGUUUGAGAUGUAAAAACUGUGAUGAAAAAACUCGAUAACGUUUGAACCUUGUUGCUGAGAUAUUGACUUGUUUUUUAUACAUAUAAGUGUUUAAAUCUUAAAGCAGAUAUGUUUUAAUAUUUUAAAAUGGUGGUGAAUAAAUGUUUUCCUUUUUAGUUUCUGUUUGGUUUGGUUAUGCUGUAAGCUUAUGUUGCAUAAUUUAAUAAAAUAUGGAUGUUACCAUUUUUAUGCUCAAGCAUUGUUGUACUUCUAUUUUUUAUUUUUUUUAUGAUUUGCAUGUAAAAUUCAAGUGAAAGUUAAAUUUUGGGUAGUAAAAUUUACUCAAUUUUUAGGUUUUUUUUCCCCCCAACAAAUCAAAUUUUCUUCACACUUGAGAUUAAGUUAGUUACUUUUCCGCCCUCUAGUGGUAGAAAUGUUAAUCUUUCUAAUCCAGCUCCCUGUUGAUGUGAAAAUAUAUUGUUUUAAAAUAAGUAAAUGUGUUUAGAGCUGCACCUAACUUUUUAAUACCUGCUACUUCUUGGGGUUAAAUGAUUUUUGUUUAUUUUGUUUUUUUUAGAUCAGUGAUGUUACUUAAAAAGUUGAAACAAUGUUCUUGUGUUGUAGUUUUAUUAUUAAAACUACUGUUGUAGUUUUAUUAUUAACAUCCCUCCAAUAUUACAUAGUUGUGAUUCAGAUAACAAAUCAGUAAUCCGAUACCUGUUUGGUUUUCACAUCUUCAUGCAUAAAAGUGACCUGAUUUAAAAGA